AAUUAUCAAUAAUUACAUCCUGCCUUCGAAGCAACCGGAAACAACACAAAAUGUCUGCACCAAGAAGAGCUGCCCCUCCUCCGCCAAGUCGACCAGGACAAGUGCAAGUGGUUCGCGCUCUGUACAGAUACGAAGCACAACAGAAAGAUGAAUUAAGCUUUGAAGAAGGCGACGUUUUAUACAUCAUACACAAGGCCGAAGAAGGAUGGUGGCAGGCUAGAGUUAAGAACAAAGUUGGUUUGAUACCAUCAAAUUAUGUUGAAGCUCACACAGAAUCAGUUGAGAACCCACUUCAUGAGGCUGCAAAACGAGGGAAUGUAAACUUUUUAAAUGAGUGUCUUGGAAAUAAAGUAUCUGUGAAUGGGUUAGACAAAGCAGGAUGCACGCCACUUCAUUGGGCUGCACAAGGUGGUCAUGCAGAGUGUGUGAGCAUACUUUUACAGCAAAGCAGAAUUCAAAUAAAUGUUCAGAAUAAACUUGGAGACACACCUUUACAUUCUGCCUCAUGGAAGGGGCAUCCUGAAAUUGUGAAAAUGCUUUUAGACAAAGGUGGUGAUACAAAAAUCAAAAACAAUGACAAGAGAACUCCAUAUGAUCUUGCUAAAAAUCCAGAAUGUGGUCGAUUGUUGAGAGGAGCCAUAGCUACUGGUGCAGAUGAUGAUUAUGGAGAUGAUGAUGACUCUGACUAAUGAAAUGCAAAUGCCACAGAUGUUGAAUGAAACAAACUGGUAUCUUUUCUACAAAGUUGUAAGAAUAAUGGGUUCUGAUAAAUUUCAUUGCUGUAAACAUUGACUAUGGCAGGGUAGCUAGACUAUUUAAUUGAGGGGGGGGUGUAUAUUCAUAUGUUCAUGUUAUAUGCAAUAGCGUACAAAGAAAUCAGUGAGGCACAAGCAAAUAUACGAAUAUACACCUGCCAAUUAAGCUUCUAGCUACUGCCCUGACUAGAGGCCGGUUUUUCAAAGAUGGUUUAAUUAAUAGCCAACCAUGUUGAUAAUCUUGAAAUCAAAUUUCUAAACACCUUGUACGUCACAUCCGCGAUGCCAGAAAUGACCACAAGCAUGAUAAUUGACCAUGUAUGAAUAUACUUAGGCUAAAAUAGGUGGUUUAAGCAAAACGUGGUUGGCAAUAAUCAUGUUUUGAACCACCAGCCAUGGCAUAUGCAACAUUGUACUCAUUUAUGCAACUAGAAUAAUGCUUUCUAAGUCUACAUUCAUGUGAUGGAUGACCCAUUUGAAGUCCUAUUGCCAUACGUGACCACUGGCAUUGCCAUUAUGAAUAUAAUGCAGAAAGAACAUUAUUUUGGAACAUUUCGUUAGUUAUAUUUAUAUGAAAAGAACAAUUAACAACAUCAUCACGGUUUAAGUACGUCAUUUGCUGUCGAUGACGUCACUUCGGGUCAUAGAUUAAUUAGUAAAUAUAGUUAACUGUAGUACCUCUAGACCAUUAGUGGUUUCAUAUGAAAUUUAUUUUUAUUAAAGUUUUAAUUGAG